AACUGGAGAAACCAAAAAAGGGGAGGCACAAGCCUGUGAUGUGAAAUGUGCGUUUGGUUGAAAUGUUCAUGUUUUUUUUCACUUAGAAACGCGUGAUGAACUAUUCGGCUUGUCAUCCCCGUAAUGUGGAGGGAGACGGUAAAGUAGGAGGCGCGCCCGCUCCGAGCUGCGUGGGUGUCCGAGCUUUCUGGCUUACGGUCGGAAAAAAGUGCGAAGUGGUGUGAGAGCAAUUGGGAAAACAAGAAAACCAAAGGAAAGGGGAGAUGAGAGCAGCCCGGUUCAUGUACCCCGCAAAGGAUCACCGCCUCCCCGCCUAAAACGGGCUACGGCAGCAUUACGCGCGUCGUGCGAGUGUUUUGCUGGAUUAUUCAACUAAUUCGCAAAGACAUCACAUGUCUGCGUAAAAAUGAUGGACACCAAAUAUCUGUUGAUAUGUUGCUGCAUCCCGGCAGUGCAAGGACCGCUUUAAUUUCAAAGGAGCACAGAGGAUAUUUUCGUUUCACAGCUGAACAACAUAUCGGAAAAAACUGGAAGAAUAUCGAUUGUCAGGCAAAUCCCUAAAUUGGAUAGCAAGCACACUGGCGCAUCUCGAAACGGAUUUGCACGGAAAUUUAACGACUGUCAUAAAAUGAGAAUAUUUGACAAGCGAUUGCCUGUAUAUCUCUAAUUUCUAUCAUAAUUCUUAUCAUGGCUUGGCUCCUAACAAAACAGACAAUACUGAAGCUUGGGCGCCCAUAUCUUGCCUUUGAGGAGCGUACUUUGCAGCAACUUGAAUACUCACACGGUGAUCCACACAAGAGACUGUAUUUAACAGACAAGACGCCGCAAAAGUAGCCUAAAUUAGAAGAAAAUAAUGCAAAUGCAGAGCUGUUUUAAGUGCUUUGAAACUGAUCUUUUGAAGUGGUGACGGUCCGCUAUUUUACGUGUUUUAACCAUGUAUAACUGUUUUUUCACUCUUCUCACCUGGAUGAAAUUUCUUUGGAUUUCCUGACUUAUUUUUGAUUGGAUAUCAUUUUAUUAUUGCUUGAAAACAAUAAAUCCAACCAACCGCAUCUUCUCUUUCUACGUAUCACGACGUAAAGAUCUUUGAUGUCAGGCAAGGAAAAGGAGUCGCCAUGACGAGUGAGGAGUUUCCCGGAACCUUGGGGGUGUCUCACACUGGAGCGGGCGUGUGUGAGGACUAUGUCCCUGCCCAGCGGGAGGAGGCCAUCGAGGACCUGGGGCAGGGCGAUGAUGCCGCCAGUGACCUGAGCACCCUAGUGAUGCCAUUCCCCGAGCUGGCCCCUGUGGUCUUCUUCUGCCUCAAGCAGACCACCUACCCUCGGAGCUGGUGCAUCCGCAUGGUCUCCAGCCCGUGGUUCGAGCGCGUCAGCAUGAUGGUUAUCCUGCUCAACUGCGUGACGCUGGGCAUGUACCAACCCUGCGAGAACAUAGACUGCUCCUCUGACCGCUGCCAGAUCUUGCAGGCCUUUGACGCCUUCAUCUACAUCUUCUUCGCCGUGGAGAUGGUCGUAAAAAUGGUGGCCCUGGGUAUCUUCGGGCAGCGCUGUUACCUGGGCGACACGUGGAACAGGCUGGAUUUCUUCAUCGUGAUGGCAGGCAUGGUGGAGUACUCCUUGGACCUGCAGAACAUUAACCUGUCAGCCAUCCGGACAGUGCGUGUCCUCCGGCCCCUGAAAGCCAUCAAUCGGGUACCGAGCAUGCGCAUCCUGGUGAACCUGCUACUGGACACGCUCCCCAUGCUGGGCAACGUGCUGCUGCUCUGCUUCUUCGUCUUCUUCAUCUUCGGCAUCAUCGGCGUGCAGCUGUGGGCGGGGCUCCUGCGCAACCGCUGCUACCCCGAGGAGAACUUCACGCUCUCCCCCGGCAUCACCCUCCCCACGCCGUACUAUCAGCCAGAGGAGGAUGAUGAGCGGCCCUUUAUCUGCUCGCUGGCGGCCGACAACGGCAUCAUGUCGUGCCGAGACGUGCCGGCGCGGCGGGAAGGCGGCCGCGAGUGCUGCUUGGAUAAGGAGGACGCGUUGCAGCGCCAGGCGCUGGGCCUGGGACCUGAGCCGCUGGUCAACAGCAGCGUCAGCGCAGCGGGCCUCUGCGUCAACUGGAACCAGUACUUCACCCGCUGCCAGACUGGCCACAGCAACCCGCACAAGGGAGCCAUCAACUUCGACAACAUCGGCUACGCCUGGAUCGUCAUCUUCCAGGUGAUCACUCUGGAGGGCUGGGUGGAGAUCAUGUACUACGUGAUGGAUGCUCACUCCUUCUACAACUUCAUUUACUUCAUCUUGCUCAUCAUCGUGGGCUCCUUUUUCAUGAUCAACCUGUGCCUCGUGGUCAUCGCCACCCAGUUCUCGGAGACCAAACAGCGGGAGCACCAGCUGAUGCAGGAGCAGCGGGCACGCUGCCUGUCCUCCAGCACACUGGCCAGCCUGGCUGAGCCGGGCGACUGCUACGAGGAGAUCUUCCAGUACGUGUGCCACGUGCUGCGCAAGGCGCGCCGCCGCUCUGCCGCCCUCUUUAACGCGCUGCGCGGCCGGCCACCACCACCAGGGGGUGGUAGAGCACGGGUGGGCGGUCCUGGAGGGAAGGCCAACGUGAACGGCGGACACCAGCACCAUCACCACGAGCAUUGCUGCCCGGAGUGUGCCACGGCUCCAUCGCUCACGGAUGAGGACCGGGGUGUGGACGCUACGCCCGGUGAGGGGGCGGAGGAGGAUGCGGUGGAGGAAGCCGAAGGGGAGGGCGCGCGGCUGCGGGAGAGCGGAGAGGAGGAAGCGGGGAGUGCGUCCAGCAAGAGGGCCGUGCCGUGCCACGGGCGAUGCAAGGAACUGUGGAAGAAGAUGAAAGCCAAGCUCUGGGGCAUCGUGGAGAGCAAGUACUUCAACCGAGGAAUUAUGAUCGCCAUCCUCAUCAACACCAUCAGUAUGGGCAUCGAGCACCACGAGCAGCCCGAGGAGCUGACCAACAUCCUGGAGAUCAGCAAUAUCGUCUUCACCAGCAUGUUCGCCCUGGAGAUGAUCCUCAAACUCACCGCUUUUGGCCUCUUCAGCUACCUGCGCAACGCCUACAACAUCUUCGACGGGAUCAUCGUGAUCAUCAGCGUGUGCGAGAUCAUCGGGCAGUCGGACGGGGGCCUUUCAGUCCUGCGGACCUUCCGGCUGCUCCGCGUGCUCAAGCUGGUCCGCUUCAUGCCGGCACUGCGGCGUCAGCUCGUGGUGCUGAUGAAGACCAUGGACAACGUGGCCACUUUCUGCAUGCUCCUCAUGCUCUUCAUCUUCAUCUUCAGUAUUCUCGGGAUGCACAUAUUCGGGUGUAAAUUCAGCCUGAAGACAGAUGCUGGGGACACAGUCCCUGACAGGAAGAACUUCGACUCCUUGCUGUGGGCCAUCGUGACGGUGUUCCAGAUUCUGACUCAGGAGGACUGGAACAUGGUCCUCUACAAUGGCAUGGCCUCCACCUCCCCUUGGGCGGCACUCUACUUCGUGGCGCUAAUGACGUUCGGGAACUACGUGCUCUUCAACCUGCUAGUGGCCAUCCUCGUGGAGGGUUUCCAAGCGGAGGGCGAUGCCAAUCGGUCCUACUCGGAUGAUGACAGGUCUUCCUGCAACUUUGACGAAACCGACAAGCAGAAGGAUCCUCUCCAGCUCUCGGACCCAAAGCUGUGUGCCCUCACUCCUAACGGGCACCUGGAGGUGGUGCCAGUGAAUGCUGGCAAAGGUGUGUACCCCCCCGAGCAUCUGACCUUCCCCCGGGGUUCACGGGAGAGCAGCGUGACGUCACUGGGCAAGGCCAGCCAGGAUCGCAGGUCUCUGCGCAUGGGGCGUAGUUCCCUCUACCACAACUGGGGGCGCCCUCUCCCUCAGUCUGCAUGGAGCCGGAGGUCCAGCUGGAACAGCCUGAGCAGGACCCCCCGGAGUCUUGGGAUGGGGGGAGGCAGCCUCCGAUCCCGCAGCCCUCGCUCCUUGCACGCGGCCGAAAACGAGUCCCUUCUCUCGCCACCUCUUCCUCCCCCAUCUCUGCUGUCCCGCCACUUCCCCCCAAACAGGGACAGACGGGCUCUGUCCCUAGAGCUCCCCGAGCUGCUGCAGGUCCCUGGGCCCCCGCUGGCCCUCCCCCGGGAGAAGAGCUUCUCGGGAGGCCUGAGCAGCCCAGGGUGGGCUGGGGACCACCACGACUGCAACGGGAAGACGCCGGCCCCCCAGGCCAAACUGCUCGGGGAGGUUUUCCCACAGCUCAACACAUGCAAGGAGAGACAGGAGCUCGAGGAUGAAAUAGACUACAGUCUCUGCUUUCGGAUCCAGAAGAUGAUAGAGGUGUACAGGCCAGACUGGUGUGAGACCCGGGAAGACUGGUCUGUCUACCUCUUCUCCCCACAGAAUAAGUUCAGGUUAACGUGUCAAUCUGUCAUUGCACAUAAGCUCUUCGAUUAUGUGGUGCUGGCCUUCAUCUUCCUCAACUGCAUCACAGUGGCUUUGGAGAGGCCCAAGAUCCACCAGGGAAGCCUGGAACGACUCUUCCUCACCAUCUCCAACUACAUCUUCACAGCCAUUUUUGUGGCAGAGAUGACUGUCAAGGUGGUAUCAAUGGGCCUGUACCUAGGAGAGAAGGCCUACCUGCGCAGCAGCUGGAACAUUCUGGAUGGGUUCCUGGUGUUUGUGUCCCUCGCUGACAUUGUGGUUUCCAUGGCCGGCGGGGCCAAAAUCCUGGGAGUGUUACGUGUGCUCAGGCUCCUUCGAACACUGCGCCCCCUCAGGGUUAUAAGCCGUGCUCCUGGAUUGAAGUUGGUGGUGGAGACCCUGAUCACCUCCCUGAAACCCAUCGGAAACAUUGUUCUGAUCUGCUGCGCGUUCUUCAUCAUCUUUGGCAUUUUGGGAGUCCAGCUCUUCAAAGGCAAGUUCUUCUACUGCUUGGGCCCAGACGUGAAGAACGUCACGAACAAGUCCGACUGCCUCACAGCCAAUUACAAGUGGGUCCAUCACAAGUACAAUUUUGACAACCUUGGGCAGGCCCUGAUGUCCCUGUUUGUGCUGGCUUCGAAGGACGGCUGGGUCAACAUCAUGUACCAUGGCCUGGACGCCGUGGGCAUCGAUCAGCAGCCCAUCACCAACCACAACCCCUGGAUGCUGCUCUACUUCAUCUCGUUCCUCCUCAUCGUCAGUUUCUUCGUGCUCAACAUGUUUGUGGGCGUGGUGGUGGAGAACUUCCACAAGUGUCGUCAGCACCAGGAGGUGGAGGAGGCCAAGCGGCGGGAGGAGAAGCGGCUGAGGCGCAUGGAAAAGAAGAGGCGGAAGGCACAGAAACUGCCCUACUACUCCAACUACAGCCAUGUGCGGCUGAUGAUCCACACCCUGUGCACCAGCCACUACCUGGACCUCUUCAUCACCUUCAUCAUCUGCCUCAACGUGGUGACCAUGUCGCUGGAGCACUACAGCCAGCCACGUUCUUUGGAGACGGCCCUCAAGUACUGUAAUUACUUCUUCACCACCACCUUUGUGCUGGAGGCCGUGCUGAAAUUCACCGCCUUUGGCUUCCGUCGGUUCUUCAAGGACAGGUGGAACCAGCUGGACCUGGCCAUUGUGCUGCUGUCAGUGAUGGGCAUCACACUGGAGGAGAUCGAGAUUAACGCCUCACUGCCUAUCAACCCCACCAUCAUACGCAUCAUGAGGGUGCUGCGGAUCGCGCGUGUGCUGAAGCUGUUGAAAAUGGCCACAGGAAUGCGAGCCCUCUUGGAUACUGUAGUACAAGCCCUGCCGCAGGUGGGGAACCUGGGACUUCUCUUCAUGCUGCUCUUCUUCAUCUAUGCUGCCCUCGGGGUGGAGCUGUUUGGAGAGCUGGUCUGUAACGUGGACUACCCCUGCGAGGGCAUGAGUCGUCACGCCACUUUCGAGAACUUCGGCAUGGCAUUCCUCACCCUCUUCCAGGUGUCCACGGGAGACAACUGGAACGGUAUCAUGAAGGACACACUGCGCGAGUGCCAGGCAGGCGAGUCUGCCUGCAACAGCAGCCUGCAGUUCAUCUCGCCGCUGUACUUCGUGAGCUUUGUGCUGACGGCACAGUUUGUGCUCAUCAACGUGGUGGUGGCCGUGCUCAUGAAGCACCUGGACGACUCCAACAAGGAGGCGCAGGAGGACGCCGAGAUGGAUGCUGAGAUUGAGCUGGAGCUGGCCCAAGGCGCCCUCUGUUGCAUGGGAGGUCUGGCUGGAGGCGCGGGCGGAGCCGUAGGAGGCGGUGACCGGCCGGGGGUUGAGGGAGGUGAGCGGCAGUGUGGCGUCACCAGCUCCAGUGGCAACCCUGGUGCCAGUGACCCCCAGCGAGGCCCCAACGACGCGCACCACCCACGCAAACUCUACUCCCCAGCCCAGGAGAACCUGUGGCUGGACAGCGUCUCGCUGCUCAUCAAGGACUCCUUCGACGGGGAGAUGCUGAUGAUCGACAACCUCUCGGGUUCCGUGUUCCAUCACUACUCCUCCCCUCCUGUGUGCAAGGACUGCAGCCGCCAUCCUCGAGAGAUUCGCCUGGCUGAGGUGGAGCAGGCGUCCCUGGCUUCGGAGCAGCUCUCUGACAAGUCCUCCUCGCUGGCGUUCCCCGAUGACCUGAGCCUGGACGACCACAGCGUGUACCAGCUGCUGAUGAGGGACAGCAAGGAGGAAGAAGAGGAUGGCAGCGGUCGCUCACAGAGCUCCAAUUCCCUGGGGGGCAGCCAGCCAGGGCUCAUGCCAUCGCAGGAUCAGAGCCCCCUAGUGAAGGCAGAGGGCAAAGCAGUCGGGGUGGAUCUCCACGCGCCGCCCUCGCCGUUCUCGCCGGCUCCAGCAGUUUCAGAAGCGGUUCAUUGCAACAGUAGCAAUAGUGGAGGAGGUGGGAGUGGCUCUUCUCCUCUCUUCCACCUUCCCACGGAGUUCUUCCAUCCCGCUGGGGCAGUUCGCCCAUCUAGCUCUGGGACAGGGUGCCUGCCAUCCAUACAGGGCUCUUGUCUCACAUCUCCUGCUUCCUGGGCCUCCCUCAGAUCCCCGGGGGCCGACAGUAGGGCCCUUGGCACACAGCAUCCAUCCCACAGUAACUCCUCCGUGGCCACAGGGAGCUCAGUGGGCAGCCUGCACGCCACGUUGGUGGAGGGUCUGAGCUUCAGCAUGUCAUCACCACAAGAUCUCGCCAUGCCUCUGCCUCUGCUCUGUACACUCCCUGAUAAGAGCCGCUGCCCCCCGAGACAGAUUCUGCGACCCUUUUUGGACCCCCUGUCUGAUCCUCCAGCUGUUUUUAACCUCCAGGCCACUAGGGGUCACCAGAGGAGUCAGAGCAGUGGAGGUGGCAGCACCAGCCCAGGGUGCAACAGACAGGAUUCAAUGGAUCACUCCGACGAUGAUCUAGGGAUUGGAAUCGGAGGCGGUGGGUCCAGUCAAGCCUGCAACAGCGAACACUUCUCAGAGACUCUGAGCAGCCUGUCACUAAACUCGCUGCUCAUGCCUGGCUCGCUGGCUCCCCUGCUGGCAAAAAAGUGCAACAGCACCGGGAGCCUGGAGCAAAGAGCUACGUCGCUGAGGGGAGUGGAAGGCAAUCCGUGCUACGGCACAGACCCCCAGGGCUACAUCUCCAAUCUUUGGACUGAAGAUAAAAGCGGAGAUGGAGUAGAGGCAGGGACACCAAGUUUGGGACAAAAAAGUACCACCGACACGAUGGUGUGGACGGUGGAACGUCUGCAGUGUUGCUGAGACAUUCUGGAAGCCCACUCCCGGAUACUUGAACUGUGGCAAGGCAGAAAGAACUGGCAGUAUUUUAGAGAAGAGGCUUUCCGAGGUUUCAGUACAGGGGACAUCACUUCUCCGGACAGCCCCCCUUUUUUGACUAUAAAUGAGGCAGGGAGACGAUCAGCCACUUUAACUUUGUUCUCUGAUCUAUGCCGUGUCAGCAAAGUGGAUGACAGGUGACUGCGAUGGUCCAGAGACGCUGAAGGAAGUGUGAACCUCCCAAGAAUGUCGCGGAUUCCCUGAAAGGAAGGUCAGGGAGAGCGAGUCACUGUGGGCCUUGAGGGACCGGCUUUGCUCCACCAUCGGUCUGCACCUGGAUGAGGACACCUGACAGGAGGACCUUGAAGGGAGAGAGAGAGCGCACCAUCCCAUCUGUAAACGGAAGUCUGGAAGGCGAUGGACUGCAGGAUAUAACCCAAUCCCCAUCACAAGACAGGGGUACAGUUUCUGGGUAAUGAGACAAAAGUGACAGUGAAGACUUUGCAUUCGAAAUGAGAUAAACAAAAUCAUCUCAGAGCCACAAAAAAAUGAAGAUGUCGGCACUGGAUUUCCAUGAACUUGUUAGUUUUCUGGGACAAUAGGAGAUCAGGAAUGAGAAAGAAAAAGACUGAAACACUGCCUUUGUCUCCUAACCCUUUGCCAGUGUUGCUUGUUUUUUGUAUCUGCUUUGCAAGUGGCUUCCAGAUUUGAGGUAGGAGUAAGGGUUCAUCAGUCAAGCAAAAAACAACAAAAUGAGGGGAAAGUCUUUGUCUGCACAAAAAAGGGUAGCACAUUUAACAAAGUACGCAUAGCUAGGGCUUUGAGUCCCCUUUUGGAUUUCAGAAAUUUAUUUCUCUUCCUGCAGGACAGCUGGGUUUUAAACAGAAAAAGAUCUGCUAUUUUGAGUGCCAUAUGAAAGAUUUAAGAUAUACUCAACUACAGAUUUUUAACACUUAUUUUUGCAUGGCUGUUAAAUACCAACAGGAUGAGUCAUACUGGAGAACUGUUUCAUGCAGUGAUGGUUCUUGGUAUGAUGAUAACUCUCUAGUCCUUUUGAUAUGUCACUGAAAGCAACAGUCAGCAAAUACCUAGAAAUAAAUAGAUUCUUUUAUUCAUAUUUAAACUUAUAUUGUAGCGACCCGAAAUCUGAUAUCUAACUGAUGCAUCCAUGGUAAGUGUUAUUCUAAUUAUGAAAGAUCCAAGCUAAUUGUGAAUUAUGGUCAACAGUUUAUGCUUGCGACUUAUGAAAGUGAAGAAGGUGUGUCUCUGUUUAGGAAUACCCUCAGAAAAUAGAAAAAGGUUUUUUUCUUUUUUCAUCAUCCCGUAGGAAAUAUUCCUGAUAAGAGUACAGUCUAUAUGUCUUGGUAGUGGAAAUAAAAUACAAACCAGAAGGGUGCUUUGAUGUUUUUGUCACCUGGCUGUUGGCUCUGCACAAGAUGUUUGUGUUGGCAGUCAGGUUUGUUUCGUGCCGUAAAUGAACAUUCGUCUGUAAGUGCUGAACGAACAGUUAUGUGUGCCCUUAGACAGCAACUUGUGUCAAAAAAGCUUUAACGUUUUAAGUUGUUUAGUGUUGGACCAAAACUUUGAACAUGACUGUAGCACUGGAAUUUUUCCAGGACUGAAGGCCAAACAUUCCCAAAAUGCAUCACUGCAAAAUGCAUCACUGACUGCAAAUACCCCAUGCAAACUGCAUAACUGGAACUCAGGACUGGACAGGGUCCUUCAGAAUGUUCUGCAGCAUUCGGGCAAAAAAUUUGAACUAUAAGACUGUAUGACAGGGGUGAUCAAUCUUAUCCGCAAAGGGCCGGUGUGUACAGGUAUGUAGGUUUUUGGGAUAACCUGUAGGUCAGCUGUUCAAACCCAGGCCAUUUGCUGGCAGCCAAUCAGUCCUCUAAUUAGUAAUCUAAUUAGGGAGUUGCAGCGAAAACCUGCAUACACACCGGCACUUUGCGGAUAAGAUUGGCCACCCCUGCUGUACGAGGUAGCGUGAUCUGUGUGGUUGGUGGGUGCCUGGCAAGUUCCCCGCGUUUGGUCUGCAUGGCUGUACUCGCUGUCAUACUGGAGCACUUGGGUGGUACAGCAGCGCCCAACCUUUUCUUGUUUUUUAGCUUUGACCUUGUGUCCUAGCAUAACGCUUCACACAUGCAGUACAUACAUGUAGCAUGGUCCCGAACAGGAGCUACACACAAGCGUGAGAACCAGCCAGGUUCUCCGGAGGCAGCGAUGGCGUGACCCCCUUAUCUGCGACUUUCUCUGCUCCGCGAGGGUAGCGUUUGACAGCCCCGGCUGAACGCCGUGGUGUCACAUUAUGGUGAAUUAAAUCGCAAUGAAAGCAUAGCGGCACUGGGGGGUUGGGGGGGGGGGAUAAAGGGCCACGGACGCCCUAGCAACCGUGCUUAUCGACCAGCUCCAGCUGACCAUAGAUUAGAUUUAAUGCUGUGUCAGAGAAGAUCUGUGUCAGCUGAGGCAUUAUGUGUCAUUACUGGAAUUCAUAGCAGGGAACAAGGCGUGUUAGAACUUCAUUUUGUGUUGGAUGGCCGCAGUCCUCUUCAAGUCACCAUUUUCCUUUUGAGACUGUUGCGGGCUCCUUUAUUUAGCGUGAUAAAUAAUUUGUAGAUGCGUGGAGCCGAACUCCUUCACCCGACUUGCUCAGAGAUGGAGCUGUUUUAUUUACGAUGUCCGAAUGCAGACACGUUAAAAGCCUUGGCGGAACCCGGCCCAGUCUCAUGAGGUGGUCCUCAGGCAAGCAAAUGUGCCUGCAGGGCCGCUCAUGCGAGGGUAACACGCCCCGUCUCCUCCCCAGCGCCGCAAGGGCACCGUCUGGAGCGACUCAGCACAAACGCAGUCAGUGUUCGCAUGCACACAUGCCAGUGCACCGCUGCUAUUCAUAACCGCCCCGCCCCGCCCCCCGCAUCUCCUGACGUCUUCCAAAAUGCCCCCUCGGCCUGCCCCUUCUGACCACUUCCUGGGCCUCGGGGCCCAGAUUACUUGCAUACCACCUCCCCAGGCUGGUGCUAGGGACGCGGUACUGUAGUCCUGCUAAUUAACCUACUAAUGGCUUGACGGUGAGAACGCUGGGUGCCGGAACCGGAAAGGAGUGUUGAGAAACCGUAGCAAAAUUAGGAUUCUGUUUGUAUUUACAUUGCUGCCCCGAGGUCCCUGUUUUGGUGACGUCGUACUGCUUAGACUGAGGUUUUAUUUAGUCUGUUUUGCACAAGAAAGCGACUUUGUCAUUGGAUUGUAGUCGCUGGGGUCGCCGAGGCGGCGUUGCUACGGGCCCCAGUACAGCUCACUACACACAGCCCUGAGUGGCUAAUAAAUGUCUGCGUUCGGUUUCUCUUAAGCAGCAGCCAAGCAAUGUAGCGUAGUUACUGUGGCAUGUAUGCAGCACAGCGGCGCUCUAUUCCCGUCGUAAGUCACACACCUCCGCUGAUAGUUUGGAGAAAAGGGCGACCGCUAAACUGGCUGGAAUAUAGCAUUUAUUAGGGCUGGUUGGAGAAUUAGCACUGUGCAGAAUGGGGUGCUCUCGGAUCGGAACGCCGGUAAUGAACCCGCCUGUGAUACGAGGAGAGUAAUCGAGCAUUGCUUUGGGUGCUGUUGGAAUUGAAUGACCAGUGUAGCUCCCAUUUCCCUCCGACAGCUAGCUGUUUGGCUCGCCGCGUUAACCUGAUCUGUGCCGUCUCUUUCAAUUUCGAGAGGACGGCGUGAAACACUCUGCCUCAGUGCUGGAGGGAACGUUUGGCCUGACAAGUCGGCGCUCUGUCUUUCCAGCGAGACAAACAGAACACUUCUCUUAUAUGAGCUUCAAAUAUUUCUGGUCAUACUUUAGUCUGGAGAGGCCUUCUGGAUGUCCCCGCGAUUGAUUUUUAUGUUCCAUUAUAUACAUCCAAAUUGUCAGUUAAACUGUAAUAACCAGCAUAAAAUAGAAUAAGAAAUUGGACACAAAAUAUAGCUGAAACAAACACAACUAUACGUGAAGUACACAUUGCAGUAACUAGGACUAAAUAAAAAAUGAAAUUGGACACAAAAUAUAUUCAGGAUAAAAUAUAAAUAUAUGUAAAGUACCUCGUACUUUUUUAUACCUCUCUGUGCUCUGAGUACAUAAUUAUCAUUAUUUGAUGUCAUUACGUUUAGAGAUGUUUUCAACACUUUAUGCUGGCUUUUGACAAGACUAGUUAUUAUGGUUCAAAUUGGCAAUUCAGGUCUGGUACAGGGGUAGAGAUGUUGGUGGAGUGUUUUUGACUUUUGGAGUAAAAUUGAGUACUCUGGGGACUGCUUUCAGAGGCUCUGCUGAAAGUGAAAUCUCCCCGAUGUAUUUUGGUAAAAAGACUCAGCGAAAACAAAACAAAUCAAUGUGAUCCAAAGUUUGAUCCACAGAGUGUGCAGAAUUAUAGAUUUAGGGGUCGGUCUUACAAUAGCAUAGUGACUCGUUUUGUGGGGGUAAAUAUGUAGCGGGAAAAUAAAUCAAACCAGCCUGGAAAUUCAUGCAGCGUUAAAAACAACAGGAUACUUCAAAUCCGAAAUGUCAUGGCCACAGAUGCAGGAAAUCUGUUGCAAAUGAUCUUUUUUAUCUCAUUGGUUUUGGCAACCUUCCGAGCAGGUAAAACAGCAAACAGUGUAAUCUAAGCCAGUGCUGGAAAGACCUUGUAAAAGGGUGAUCUUAUCUACAGUCCUGUGUGUGUGUUUUGCGUGUGUGUAGCGUACGGUUUACACACAAGGCUGCGAGGUUCACUCCUUUCAGAUCUGCAAUGAUGCGUCCCUCUUGAUACGUGACCUUUUUAUUACAGUGUCAUGCUCUAUGUACAUAACAGCUGAAACUGGAACACAUCCAGGUCACACUGGGACUGGGGGGGAAAGGGGGGGGGGGUUGCAGCUUGAAAAAUAGAAGAAAAACAGGGCUCGGAGAACAGCUGUCGGGGCACAAGAGACCUAGUGAGAGAGAAAACAGGUGUUUUAUGGGUAACUGAUUGCAGAUGAAAGACGCUUGUCACCUGACUCUGCCACGCCCCUAGAGAUCCAUGCCCUCCCUAAUAAUACACUCAGAUACUCUUUUUUCCCAGCAGAAGUGCUUUUUUCUUCUUAAAAAAUAAGGCACCCCUGCGUCCCAGUCCACUGCAGUGUCUCUCGCACGCAUCAGCACGUCAGUGUGUUUAUUCAUGCUGUGUAUUAGCGGGCAUGCUGGGAUAUCACACAGAGCACAAGUGUGUGUGUAUGUGCAUUUGUGCGUGCGCACGCAUGCAUGUGUGUGAGUGCUUGAUUUCCCCCCCCCCCACCAUAAUUACGGUUUCCUCUGUCAUCUGACAGCAGCCAGACUGCACAGCACAUCCCCCACCUGCCCGCCCCCUCAGAAAUAUCAUCGCUGUCUCAUUCCAAAGGAUUCAUCUCACUUCCUUGCCAGUUCACCAGAAACUCCUGACUAAUGUUUUAGGCCUGGGCUGUGGCUCACAGACACGGCCCUGGCAGCUGCCGGGGGGGUGGGG